UAUUGACUCUAAUAUAAAGAAAAUGCUUAUAGGCUUCUUUGGCUGAAGUAGAAAAAUCGCUUAUAACUUGUCUACGAGUCAAGUGUCAUUCAAAUGCCCUUAAUUUUGUGGCGAAAAGCAAUCCUAUAACGACGAAUUUGUUGUCGUGAGGCUGCAUGUUUUUUUUCCUAAUAAUAUUUGUUUCGUUAUCUGUCUUUUCGUCGUUCUCACGCGCGGUUUAAAAUUGCUGCUGGCCGAGAGUGCAUGAGGCUAUAGUCAUUCUAUAACAGCUCUUGCCAGACACAUCAACGCGCGCCGUCACUGCAUAUGAAAUGAGUGAGAAACGAAGUGAAAUUUAUUUUGCCUAAUUUUGAAUUCGUUUGUAAUAACAGCGUAUAACCGCAGUGCUAAGAACUUAAUAUUAUCAUUGCGCCUACAAGAUCUCAUCGGCGAUUUAAUAAUACUGCUUUUCAGCAUUGCCAAUUAUAGUACUAUUUAGUAUGUUUAAUCUUAGCACGCAGAUGUUUUCUGUCUUUCCACAAAACGGAAGUUGUUAUAGAGCGUGCUAGCAGCACACAUAUUUACAUGAAAAAUGUAACGAUUCUCUGGUAGCAAGGCUCCUUCGUAGAUCAUAGACAGACAAUUUCUCCUGAUGACUGGAAAAUGCUAGUUUCUCAUCAGUUCUCAAGCGGGAUUUGAAUUUUUUUUCGCUGUUUACGCGCUACGGAUAAAUAUCUAUUCAGCUGGAAAGGCAAGUUCGCUUUCGGUAGCUAUAUAGGCUUGAACCCAGAACAACAAAAUGCCAGUGAGUAUUCGCUUCACAGACUUACAUCUCAACUACUUGACAUCAAGAGCAAAGGACGAACCAGCCUUAUCAGGAGAAUUAUCCAUAAAGGAUACUGACCACAGUUCCCAAAGAUGGCACAAGAGAUGGACAAUUCUUCACCAGAAUUUACUGCUUUACUUCGAGAACUCAUCGUGCACCAAACCAGUCGGUAUAAUUUUCCUGGAACAUUCAACUGUUGAUCUCGUCUCCUUAGCAAAACUACGAGAUAUCCCCAAGCAGCAUACGUUCUACAUCGCAAUCCCGGAGGACAGUGAACAGCAGAAAUAUUUUCUUCGAGCAAGUUCAGAAGAUGAAUGUAACAAAUGGGUGAAUGCUCUACGGUCGUGCAGUUAUGCUUCCCUACAGUUGGAAAACAAACAGCUUGAAGCAAAAUAUAAUCUCUCAACUCAAAUCCUGGAAGCCGAGCAAGAAGCCAAAGAACAACUGAUAAAUCAAUGCAUGGAAUAUGAUCAGCAUAUUCAAUCCUUGGAGAGUAAUCUCGCAAAAAAGAGGCGUCAGGAGGAAACAAACAAGCAGGUUGAAAAUCAGGAAGACGAAACCGAGAGCAACGAUAUUAAAAAAAUUAAAAAGGUGCAAAGUCUGGUACGAGCUUGGCUUUGUCGUCGUCGCUGGCAUUCUGUUGUCCAGAACUACAUUGAGUCAGGUCAUGCAUCAAGCAUACGCCAGCGAAAUCAAGUUAUCUUUCAUUUCGUCCAAGAGGAAGAAGAAUAUGUGACAGACUUGUCAACUUUGGUCACAUCAUUCUUACGUCCCUUUCGCAUGGCCGCCAGUGCUAGGAAACCCCCUACCUCACACGAGGAAGUUAAUUCCAUAUUUUUAAACUGUGAGAUUAUCCUAUUUCUUCAUCAAAUAUUUCUAAAAGGACUUCAUACGCGAAUGGAAAAUUGGCCGACACUUAUUCUUGGCGACCUUUUUCGUAUUCUACUUCCAAUGUAUGGGAUUUAUCAGGAAUAUGUUCGAAACCACCACUAUAGUCUUCAGAUGCUUGCAGAAUGCAAGAAACAUUCGCUAAGUUUCAACCGACUUUUGACAAUCCACGAGGAAAAACCAGCCUGCGCCAAUAGAAGUUUAGAGACGUUUUUAACUCUCCCCAUGCAUCGAGUACCUGGUUACAUCAUCACACUUCACAGACUUCUAGCAUUCACUCCGCCUGAUCAUGUGGAUAGACAAUCAUUGGAGCAUGCGCGUGGCGUUUUAGAAGAAUUAUCGUUGUUGAUGCAUGAUGAAGUUAGUGAAACAGAAAAUAUUCGCAAGAAUUUGUCCAUUGAAAGGCAGAUAGUGGGAGGUUGCGAGGAACUGCUUGAUGUAAAACAAGUCUUCAUUCGACAAGGAAGCUUGAUUCAAGUCGAAGAAAGUCACAAAAAGCCGAUAUUGUCGUUUGCAGGACUUGGCUUGAAACCUCACGAAAGAAAGGAGUAUGUUCGUCAUUGCUUUUUGUUCUCUGGACUGUUGUUAAUUGCAACAAGAUCAUCAAAUGGGAAGCUGUCUCUACACAAGUCAACUGGAAAACUACAUCUGUCCAACGUGUCUGUGAUUGAAAAUCUAUUCGAAGAAGAUAUAAUCUUCGAUGUUAGUACACCUACGACCAAGAUCGAUCAGCAUUGUGGAUAUGCUGACAUGGCGUUGAGAGUUGUUGUACAUCCACGUGAUGGGGAAACCCCACUGACUAUAACAUUGGUUGCACAGACGGCUCACGAGAAAGCAGCCUGGCUUGGUGACCUGAAGCAAUGCAUUGAAAACAUGACAUUGAUCGACAACGUUCAGGACACCUCGUUCUCGUCGCGUUAUUGUUUUACUAAUGUCAGAAAUGAUCCAAGUUUGUACACUGAUGAUGUUGGUAUUAAAUACUCCAAGUGUCUAAACUCUUGCAGAAUACCGCGGAUACGUUAUGCAAGUCUGAAGCGGUUAUUUGAACGUUUACUGGAUUUACGAUUUUUGAGCAUUGAAUUUUUAAACACCUUCCUCAUCACAUAUCGUAUAUUUACGGACGCUGACACCAUAUUGGAUGUUCUGGAGAAGUUUUAUAAUGAUCGACAAAGAUCGUGCUCAUUACCUGUGACCGGCGGCGAUAUUCAUCAUAUCACUACCAAUCGUCGUGUAAAUUCACUGAACGAAAAAUGUUCCACUAGAAAUUGUGCCCCAGUCAAAAACCACACGGGUCUUAACGAGGAAUCGAUUGAGGAUGAUGAAGAGCCUUUAGCUCGACCAACGACACUCCAACUUCCCCAAUCUUGUUACCACCGUCGUCACUCAUCCCCCUCUGCCCUGGGCGAGGGUCAUGUCUUCCAGUACCCCAAUUUGGACACUUCAACUAACAGCACAGACUCUGAGCUGGAUGGAAGGAAUGAUUCUGAGGCGCUUUUCGCAAGCGGUUUAAAACGAUCAAGAAGUCGUGUCAACAGUGGCCCCUCGAAGGGCCGCGAGGAUAGCGAUUCUAAUCUCGGUUCAAAAACAUGGCCGAGAGAGUCUCAGUAUAGCAGCCAGGGGAAUAGUUUGUCACAGAUUCAUUGUACAAGCCAGGGUAAAAGUCUGUCUCAUGAAGGAAAUGGUCAAGUCUCUGAAGUGUCUGGAAUAAGAGAGAGAAAGUCUCGUCGUGGAUCAGAGAUUGCAGUUGAACCUAUACCCGUCAUUACUAUGGACUGUUCCCUCGGUAAUAAUGUUACCUCGGAGAAUAUUGAUACUCUAAACCAGACUUCUGUCUUGGAAAUUGACGCUAAUAACAAUCCAAGCCCUAAGUCAAGCAGUUCUAGUAUAGUUAGUGAGCACUGUCUCAACAAUGUCUCAAGUGGUAAUAUCGUUAAGACUACUCGUGGCAGAAGUGGACAAAGUGAUAACCUGCUCAAAGAGAGACAGAACAAAGACAGGAGUAUUUACGAGGGAAUUAAAGAUAGUAAUCACAGUUAUGUUAAAGAGAUCAGUGUUCAACAGAACAAUAUUAAAGACAAGAAACACUCCAAGUCGGUGAUGAACAGUUGUGGCUUUUCGCUUGGGCUUGAACGUUCAAAAGAACUACCGGACAAAAGACCCAACUCUUGUCCUAAGACUGUGGGGAAACAAAAACCAGAUUACCUCAAAACAACCUCCCAGGAGAACCCCAGCCCUAAGCAUAGUAAAGCAAGAUCUCAGAGCUUACUGGAGAGGCGCAAGGGGGGGAAGGAGGCGAAAUAUGGACUCUCAAGUUCUGGGGAACUUAAACCAAAACGGAAAUUUUCAUUUCCCCGCCCUCUCUCACCCCGGUUAAACUCGAGCUCGCCAAAACCUGUGGCAAGUCCUGGGGCGGUUGUGACGUCAGCACGGGCGUCUAGGAGAAGGACUAGUAUUACUGCUGCCGCUGCUGCAUUCGCGGCUGCCACUGCUGGCGCACCUUGCUCGCCUUCGUCACCUCUUCCGUCAUCAAAUGCACGAUUUUCAUUUCGUGAAGUUCAAGGACCAUUAGCUAGAGUUUUGACUGUAUUACAUCACUGGCUUAUUAAACACGGACAGGAUUUCCGCAAUGUCCUGGCGCUACAGUCGAGAUUGAAAACGUUCAUUGAUAAAGUGAAAAGAUGUGAAAAGACCACCUCGGAACAGAGACGAUUUUGUAACACAAUUUUACAAACUCUCGAUAAGGAUCCCAGCAGAGCAACUGAUGAAAAACUUUUCGAGAGGAUAUUCUUACGUCGGAUCCAAACGCCGUCAGAACUUGGACUUACUUUUGAUAAGGUUUCCUCAAGUCAGUUGGCUGAACAACUAACACUCACAGAACAUCUUCUCUUUUCAAGAAUACCUUCUUUCGAGUUUCUUAAUCUGUCGUGGAUGAAGGCGGAUAAGGAAGUCAGAGCACCGAAUAUUUUGAGAGUGAGCCAGAGAUUUAACGAGGUAAGCAGAUUGGUGGCGUCAGAGAUACUCAGCCGCAGUACAGCAUCAUCGCGGGCGGCGGCUAUAGAGAAAUGGGUAGUCGUGGCAGACGUGUGUCGUCAUCUUUGCAACUUCAACGCUGUCUUGGAGAUUGUUUCGGCGCUUAUGAGUAGCUCCGUUUUCAGACUGAAGAAAACAUGGGAGAAAUUAUCAAAGCAGACAAAAGCCAUGAUUGACAAGUUGCAAGAUUUGGUGAGCACUGACGGCAGAUUCAAGAACAUGAGGGAAGCUUUAAGAUGUUCUAAUCCACCGUGUAUUCCGUACCUUGGUUUUUAUCUCACUGACCUGGCGUUUAUAGAAGAAGGGACGUCUGUAAAGAAUGAAAGUGGAUUAAUAAAUUUCUCAAAGAUGAGGAUGAUUGCACAAGUUGUUGAAGAGAUUCGCCAGUACCAGGAAAUUCGUUACAACAUCCAACACGAUUCGAGGGUUACAGAUUAUUUAUUCAAUCGAGAGAUGCUAAUGGAUGAGAAUUCGUUGUACAAAACAUCUUUAACUUGGGAACCAAAGAAACGACCAUCUGUGAGAUUAAAGAAAGCUGACAGUCAGGAUUGACUCGCAGUGUGUAUGAUCAUGGUAUAUCUACGUUUUACAUUUCUAAGUAAAAGAGAGUUUCAGUUGUUAACUGCUGGGUUUUGAGCCAGUUUUCAACAGAAAUAUGACAAUGAGCAUUUGUUGUGGUUGGUAUCAACAACACUCGACCAGUUUGCGAUCAAUUUAAACCUUCGUUUUCUUCAUGAAAUGCAUUAAUACAGUGUUGGAAAUCUUAUGUUUUCUUGGUAGUCAUCCACUAGCUGAUUUUAUCCAUGUCGUGGAAAGCAAUUUUUGAACUGUUUGGCUUUGUAAAAUAUUAGAUAUUUUCUAUUUUUGAAUUUUAGAUAGUCACUCAUUUUCAAAGUAAUUUUAUCGUAAUUUAUUAACUGAUACAAAAGGAAAAUAUGUUAUCUACAGUGGUGUUAGAUAUAAGUUGAAUUUAUAUGGGAAAUAAA